UGAAGAGCAUACGUUAUAGUUCUUUCCUGCGUAAAAUGUUGUCUUUAGAAUUUUGCAUGGCAGCCUAAAAAGAGAUUAUCGAGUUCUCAGAAUGGUUGUAUCUCACAUUCAGGUGGAAUAUGGUAGAUUAAGAGGUGUAACAUCCGCGUGCCCAACGCAUGAAGGGGCGAAAAAAGAACAUAGUGUGUGCCACGUCCACGAUUUUGAUUUCACCCGGAGGAGGUGCGUUGCGCAGCAUUUUACGCUUCCCAAAAACUUGAUUCCACAGGAACCAUCACUGUACACAGUGAAAGCUGUCUUCAUUUUGGACAACGAUGGCAAUAGACUUCUAUCUAAGUACUACGACACAGAACUCUACCCUUCCAUGAAGGAGCAAAAGAACUUUGAAAAGAAUGUUUUCAACAAGACACACAAAGCUGACAAUGAGAUUGCUUUCUUGGAGGGGAUGACUAUUGUGUAUAAGAGCAGCAUAGACCUGUUCUUCUAUGUGGUGGGCAGUGCACAGGAGAAUGAGCUCAUGCUCAUGGCUGUGCUGAACUGCCUGUUUGAGUCCCUCAGUCAGGUCCUAAGGAAAAACGUGGAGAAACGGUGUUUACUAGACAACCUGGACGGUGUCUUCUUGGUAGUGGAUGAAAUCAUAGACGGAGGGGUGAUCUUGGAGAGCGACCCCCAACAGGUCAUCCAGAAGGUCAACUACAGGCUGGCCGACUCGGAGCAGGCCUACGGCUUUGUGCUCUUCGAUUACAUCACCGGUAGUGCAGACGGACGGACGGACGGACGGCAGCCAGUGUGCGUAGCGACUGACCGCCCCGUGCAACGCCCGGGCGAGGGAGCCAGGGGUGGAGGGCGGAUGAGAACCCAUUGUCCGAGCAGAGCGUGGCUCAGAUCAUGCAGUCUGCCAAGGAACAGAUCAAGUGGUCAAUACUCAAAUGAUCUGCGUUAGUUUAGAGGUCAAAUGUCAUACAGUAGAAUGGACAGUAUGAAUUGAUGUGUAAAAAAUAAGGAUUUAUUUAGCGUUUUAUGCUUAAAUAGGCUGUAUUUAUGAUUAUUAACUGGCAAAUGUGUGUUUUUGCUACAAUGGCAAGAUGAUGUUUGUAUUAUAUUGGAAAUAAUAAUUUUAUUUAUUUGCAGAAAAUAUUGGGUUUCAUUGUUUUUGUUAAUUACCCUUUACCCACCAAAAUACAUUUUAACCAAACCAAUAUGCAUGCGGUUGUAAUGUGUGCAGGCAAUGGUAAACACCAUUGUUUAGGCUUCAAAGACGUGGAAAUUAUUAUUGUAUCAUUUUCAUUAUCAUUACUUAUGUUACAGUGAACCUUUUAAAUAUGACGUUUUUUUUUAACAUUAAACUUGAAAGCUUUGUAAUUUUAACAGAAUAAAGUGAUAGCCUGUAUAGUGUUACAGUAUUCCAGAUUCUAUUUGAAAGCCAGGCUACUACUGAAUGUUAAUUUGUAUUUGGAAUGAUUGUGUGUUCAUAAUAAACAAAAUGAAGUUUGCAUA